AUGACUCGAUACCCCACUGCGCAGAUUUGGACAAGAGGAAUCCGUUUCAUCCAAGUCAGCAGAACACUAUCUCCAACGGAUCCUGAACACUCUGUUUCUCCCACUAAUUGGAGCAAAAAAAGACAUCGAAACCCCAAUUCUAGCAGGAAAAGGGCCUUAUCAGAGGCUGGGAGUAAUGUUGCCGGAAGUGAGCAGUCUACUACAUACUAUACGUGGUCCAAGACAAACUCAAAAAUCUCAUCAAGCGAUCCCAAAGAACCCUGCCAGACAGGCGGCAUUUCCAGACAGCUUAGACGUUCUAUCAGCGCGGGCUCCUCCCAAAUGAACUCAAAAGUGCAAGAUAUGCUGUUUCAUAACGCAUACGUUUCUAACACUUUUGAACACACUGAAACACAUCACUCACCAAAGUCAUACUCUCUCGAAGGCUUGCUUCGAAAAGCGGCAGAAACAUCCCCAAUACCAUAUCAGACCAAUAUACCCCCGUCUUCCCACCCUCCCAGCGCUGCUUGCCUGCAAGCCCAACCGCACCAUAAUCAACAUUCAAAUUCAAGGGAGACCUUGACCCAAGAGCCAUCCUGGAGGCAAUGUUACCGUUCCGGAAGGGCCAGUAAAGGGGGGGCGAAUAUACUCUUAUCUCCAAGGUUUCCUGAAGAACUUCUUCCUUCAUCAAAGGAUACAGAGCACAAGAGGCGGGGCAGCUUGGGCAAAAUAAAUCGCCCUUGGCCAAGUGUUGAGGAUAUACCUCGCCCAGCUAUUUAUGGUUUCCCAUCUGGUUGUGAUUAUACCAGUUAUCUUACAAUACCACGCCUACGACAAUACCCAUCUCGCCGUGGUUCUUAUCCUUCAGACUGUGAGGCGGCCGUCGAUAAUGUCCAACGUUCUUUGAACGAGCGUAGCCAGAAAAGGCUCACAUGUCAAAGCUCCAACCUAACACUCGCACCGGGUCCUAGUACACCACUAAAAGUCCCUUCAUUGCAAUUACCCAGCUAUUCAUCUACAUUCAGCCGUCAGUAUCGUCUUUAUGGCUCCCCGCCGCCUUUUAAUUUACCAAAGAACCCUCCGUCUGAAACGAUAGACCUAGACACUCUAUCUUCUAGGAGAGAUAGCUCAAUACAUCUGCUGGAUGGUGAAACUCAAAGUUUGAGGACUCCGUCUGAGCCUGACAGGGAUUUUCUAUGUACGCCACCCUCCCGGCUGAGGACGCUUUCUCAAUCACAGUCAACAGAUGCAGCCACCCCUGGUGACCAAAAUAUACAAACUGACAUUGAAGAUCCAAACUUUGAACCAUCGCACUUCUGGAAACCUAAUAAGCUCUAUUAG